GUCGUUCUGUGGGGGCUUCGCGAGCGCGGUGCCUUCGCGCGGGAGGCCGCGGGCCUGCUGCGGACCGGGAGCCACGGAGGGACGACGCGCUCGCACGUGCGGGGCGGUGGCCUCCCGCCGCGGGCCUGGACUGCUGGUCGCGGUCGGGCUCCCCCGGCGCGCGGCGGGGCAGGCCCGGGGGUGGGGGGCGGGGACGGCCCCGGCCAACGUUAUCCUCCAGGUGGCCAGUGUCAUUCUGCGUCCGCCCCUUCUCCUUCGGCCGCCUUCACCACGUCUUCUUGCCCAGGCGCCACCGCACCGUAGUCGCGGGAUCUGAGCGGCUGCAUCUCCGUGCUCCGCCCGAGCCCUUCUCCCGGUUUCGCGGUGCCCUUUCCCGCCCGGUCCCGCACGGCUGCAGGCCAGCCAGCUUCGAUUUUUAGAACAGAAACUUGUGAAGUAAUUGAACACUUGAAGACCGAAAAACCCAUGCUUUGUCAAAAUUGAGAUUCUGCCUGUUAACUAAUUUUACUCUCUAACAAAAGCGCAUUUUAUAAUACCUAGGAUCUCUGUCACCAAUACAAUUUUAACAUUUAAAUUAUAUUUAUUACUGGAGAUGAAAUGCGGCUGUCUGUCAUAUUCUGACUCUUCUUUCCUUGAAAGGAACCUUGGGAAACCAAAAUGAGACAUAAUCAACUGUGUUGUGAGACACCACCUACUGUCACUGUUCAUGUAAAAUCAGGGUCAAAUAGAUCACAUCAGCCUAAAAAACCCAUUAAUCUGAAGCGUCCUAUUUUUAAAGAUAGUUGGCCAGCAUCUGAAAAAAAUGCACAUAAUAGCAACAAGUCUAAACGCCCCAAAGGACCCUGUCUCGUUAUACAGCGUCAGGAAAUGACUGCUUUCUUUAAGUUAUUUGAUGACGAUUUAAUUCAAGAUUUCUUGUGGAUGGACUGCUGCUGUAAAAUUGCAGACAAGUAUCUUUUGGCUAUGACCUUUGUUUAUUUCAAGAGAGCUAAAUUUACUAUAAAUGAGCAUACCAGGAUAAAUUUCUUUAUUGCUCUGUAUCUGGCUAAUACAGUUGAAGAAGAUGAAGAAGAAUCCAAAUAUGAAAUUUUUCCAUGGGCUUUAGGGAAAAACUGGAGAAAAUUGUUCCCUAAUUUCUUAAAGUUAAGGGACCAGCUCUGGGAUAGAAUUGACUAUAGGGCUAUUGUAAGCAGGCGAUGCUGUGAGGAGGUUAUGGCUAUUGCUCCAACCCAUUAUAUAUGGCAACGGGAACGCUCUGUGCAUCACAGUGGAGCUGUUAGAAACUACAACAGAGAUGAAGUUCAACUGCCCAGGGGACCUAGUGCCACACCAGUAGAUUGUUCACUCUGUGGUAAAAAAGGAAGAUAUGUUAGACUGGGAUUGUCUUCAUCAUCUUCAUCCAGUGAUACAGUAGAGGUGAUGGAGAAACAUUCUCAGGAAUCACACAGCUCCUUCUCAGUGGACAUAGUAGUCGAUCCUUCUCAAGCUUAUAGCUAUUCUCAAGCCAAUGACCAUCAAUCAAAGAAAGAAAAGAAAACUAAUUUUAUGAAGAAAGACAAAUCAAUGGAGUGGUUUACAGGAAGUGAAGAAUGAGAUGGCUCAACUAAACCAACUUGGAAUCAUUAACUACAAAAUGUC